UGCUUGAGUCGACCAGUCGACUUAAAGCACCACAUCGCAAACGCUCUUAGUAAAGCACACUUGAAUAAAAUUGAUGGGCUGCAGGGGACAUUAUAAUUGCCACGACACUUCAUUAAAGCACCACAUUGUUUGUUUGCAUAUACAUAACCCAAAUAAUGGUGUUAUUUUUCAAAAAACUCAUCUAGUUGACUUAAAGCGCUUUUCAGUUUUCAAGCUAAGUCAGCACAUUAAAUAUUAGUACAAUCUGACUAAAAAAUAGUACAGAGUAUAUGAUCACCGACCCUUGCUUAAAAUAAUUCACCAGGUCGGCUUUGAACAUUAAAACAGCAAUGUCAACCUUAUGUGGAUCUGAGAAAGUGUCAUGUCACAUGUGGCAACCGUUACCAGGGGGCGAUUGGUGGAUGAAAGCAUGAUUGUGUUAAGGAAAAGAGUUCAUGAGAUGAAGGUGAUUGAGAGAAAUUAUGAGCCACCUGCAGAAUGGAUGGAAUGGGAAAAGCAAUAUUAUGCUUCUUAUGAUGAGGUAAUAUGCAAUUUGGUAGGCUGUUUACAAAUGCAUUUGUUGAGUACAAGGCCUAGUUUGGCUCUUGGGAUGUUAGUCCUCUUCAUCCUCAGUGUUCCAGCUUCGACGGCCAUCAUUUUCUCUCAUUUAGCCAGUAGCCUCCUAUCGACCGUUCAUCUUGGUUGAUGUGUUUUAAUUGUCAGACCAGGAGUAGUUGUGAAUUCUAAUCGGACUGCAGUACAUGUACAUAUAUAUUGGCUUUUGGUCACUUUUCAUUCUCCCAUACGUAUUGUAAAUCUACUACAAGUUUAUAAUUUGUAAUGUAUUCAAUUUGUUUCCA